AUGACGCCUCCGGUAGACAUCGAAAGAGGCCCUUCUUCCCAGGCGCAGAGAAAGUCUGUGUCGCACAGCUGGGAUCAGAAUCUCUCUGUCUCUCCCAGCGCAACCUUCCAGUCUCCCCCACCAAGCUGGGCCAGAUCUCUACCACAACGCCCUGCUCCGAAACAGCUCAAGCCGUUCAACACUCAGGACAUCAAGAUCCUACUGUUGGAAAAUGUCAAUCAAGCGGGGUGUGAUAUCCUCAAGGGCCAGGGGUAUCAGGUUGAGACUUUCAAGUCCUCGUUGCCUGAGGACCAGUUAAUUGAGAAGAUCCGUGACAUUCAGGUUAUCGGGAUUCGCUCAAAAACGAAGCUCUCGGAACGUGUCCUCCGCGAAGCCAAGAAUCUCCUUGUCAUCGGCUGCUUCUGCAUCGGCACCAACCAGGUUGACCUCGAGUUUGCUGCGCGCAAUGGUAUCGCCGUUUUCAACUCCCCCUUUGCAAAUUCUCGCAGCGUUGCUGAACUUGUCAUCGGGGAGAUUAUCUCUCUCGCGCGACAGCUUGGCGAUCGGUCCAACGAGAUGCACCGCGGAACAUGGAACAAAGUCAGCUCUAAAUGCUGGGAGAUCCGUGGCAAAACACUAGGAAUUGUUGGUUAUGGUCACAUCGGAUCUCAGCUUUCCGUCCUGGCAGAAGCGAUGGGUAUGAGCGUGAUAUACUAUGAUGUCGUUACGCUUAUGGCACUUGGUACUGCUCGUCAAGUCCCAGCGCUGGAAAUUCUGCUGGAGGAGGCGGAUUUCGUGACACUUCAUGUGCCCGAUCUUCCGGAGACGCGAGGCAUGAUAUCCGAUAGCCAGCUAGAGUGCAUGAAGGAGGGUUCAUAUUUGAUCAACGCAAGCCGCGGUAGCGUUGUCGAUAUUCCAGCACUGGUCAGAGCCAUGCGAUCAGGAAAGGUGGCGGGCGCCGCUCUCGAUGUUUACCCCGAUGAGCCUGCCGGCAACGGAGACUACUUCACCAAUAGCCUGAAUCAAUGGGCAGAAGAUCUUCGAACUUUGAAAAACAUCAUUUUGACACCACACAUCGGCGGCAGCACUGAAGAGGCUCAGCGAGCCAUUGGCGUCGAAGUGGGUGACGCCCUAGUGCGUUACAUUAACCAGGGCAUCACACUGGGUAGUGUGAAUAUGCCGGAAGCCCAGCUGCGAUCGCUAACUCUCGACGAACCGGACCACGCUAGGGUCAUCUACAUCCAUCGCAACGUUCCAGGCGUACUUCGGAGAGUCAACGAAAUUCUGGGAGAUCACAACGUCGAUAAGCAAAUCAGCGACAGCCGCGGUGACGUUGCCUAUUUGAUGGCGGAUAUCAGCAAUGUCAAAUACGAGCAAAUUAAGGACAUUACAGAAAGCCUCGAAGCACUUAGCUCGUGCAUCAUGACUCGGGUUCUCUAUUAA